ACCUUAUUCAUCAUCAUCUAUUGUCAGUUCGUUGUCUUUGUGCUCCCCUAAACCCUGACCUUGAGGAUUGAAUCCUGUUACUAUUACUAUUAUUAUUAUUAUUUCAAAUUGUGAUCGUGAUUCCCUCCUCCUCCUGCCAUGGAGACGUUUCCCGAGAUAGGCGUGUCUGACGACCGGGGGCGUUUGAUUCCGGACGAGGGUCCGGAAUCGCGUGUGACCCGUUGCCGCUCAUGGUGUUUCACUUACCGUUGGUGCGUGGGGAUCCUUCUCGUUCUGAGCUUGAUCCUCUUGGGACAUGCACUGGCCAUCUAUUACCUGUAUUUCAAAUGCAAUUCCGCGGACUGCAUCGGCUUAAAAAUGAUGACCCUGAACACGUGGGGCAUGCCCAAAUCUUUGGGCUCACAGUUCAAAGAGGAGCGCAUGCAAGCCAUUGGGCACGAAAUUGCCAAAGGCGAACGAGAUAUUUAUUUAUUGGAAGAGCUCUGGAUGGAGCCGGAUUAUGAAACGAUUCGCGCCAGCUUGCCGGCCGGCUACCACAUGACCUUGUUUCGCCAGCUGGCUCUGUCCACGUGCGAUGGGCACGCCGGUCCCGAGUUCUGCUCCGGGCUGUCGGUCAUCUCACGCUUUCCUCUCCUGGAGACGGAGUUCAACUCCUACACCUACCACGGCGACCCUUUAAAGGCUUGGAUUGAUGGCGAGUGGCUGGCCCGCAAAGGCGUGGGGCGGGUACGGAUCCAACCUUUAAAGGGCUUGAGCGUGGACUUGUUUGUGACGCACACGGCGGCCGAUCCGGACCCGAGUCACGGCUAUAAUAACAGCUACUAUCGGGUGCGACAGGUCCAAGAGCUCAUGGAUAACUAUGUGAAAAAGGCCACGGCCGAUGUGGUCCUUUUGGGGGGUGACUUCAAUGCUGGACCCAACAAAACCCAAGGUGAGCCGUAUGGCAUCAUCCGCGGCUAUAUGAAGAACAGCAUUGAGGAGUUCUUUUACAAACUGUUGACUUGGCUGAACCCUCAAUACGCUACGUAUGGCAACACAAAGAACACCUUCUCCAAUACGUUUUUGCCCAUCAUAUACGACUACAUCUUUUACCAUGCUCGUGACGAGAGUGCCGUGAACGUGUGGACCAAUCUGUACGAGAUGCCUUUCUUCAAGUUCUUUCUGCAAAAGGAUCAUGCCAUCAGCUUCUCGGACCAUGAAGCCGUUGAAGCCACCGUUUAUGUGCAAAAGUUGCGCUGACAUAGCUCAGAUCCAUUGGCUUCAGGUUUCGAUGGGUUGAUUUUGACUAGGUUUGGUGAUGUCAAUGGCGAAGUUGGUUGCGUGGGACUCGCGAAACCUAAUCCAGAAUUGCCAACGGCCUUGCUUGUGUCUAUUCUUGUCAGGCAUCUCUGAUUCAUUCCAUAUUCGCUGAUCCCAAUCAGCAUUGUUAUGGAUCCCUCAUUCAAUUAACGCUGUCUCAGAUAUGGUCCACUAUUCUACAUUAACUUGACUUUGGUCACACAUACACUAAUGAACUCAACUGCUCGUGAUAUUAUCGAAUAAAUGAAUUACUGUACUGGAAA